UUUGUACAAUAAGUUGGAAAUUAUAUAUUGAACUUUUCAAUAUUUGAGCUUUUAAUUUUACUUUUUUUUAUAUUCGAGUUUUUGUCUUUAAAUCAUCAACACUUUUGAAAAAAGGUAUAUCCAUGUCAGUGUCGAUGUCUGAAACUGAAUCUGACACUUGUGAUUACGAUUAAUUUUUUUUUCAAAUUAUUACUGAUGCUGAAAUGUCAUUGUCGUGUUUCAGUGUCUACUUUUAUAUAUUUAUAUACUCUAAUUACAUACAGUACAUAUCAUGUUAUGCAUACUCUAACUACAUGCACAGUAGUACAAAUCAUGAUCAUUCAUGCAACUUCUACCAAAAACUUCUAUGUCAAAAUAAGGUGCAUCUUAACAUUAUGAAACAUUAUGAACUAUAUAUGUAAAGAUGUCAAGCUAAAGUAAGGUAUAUAUACAUGUCUCUCUCUGCCCUUCCACCGAUACCUUUUUUGUGUUUUUCACAUAUCUUGCCUUUUACAUAUUCCUUACAUAUUUCUUACAUGUUUCUAAUGUAUUCCAUUCAAAUAUUCUUCAUUCAUAAUCUACUUCCUUAUUAAUAAAAGCAACAUUUCUUGAUUUUUCUAACUUUACAGCUCUCCAUGGUUAAGGAGUCACAGCAUCAAAUGCAGACAUCUCGGAUCACGCAUAUACAAGUUCGAGUUGAUUGUAACGGAUGCGCGCAGAAGAUCAAGAAAGCACUCAAUGACAUCAAUGGUAUACAUGAUCUUCGUAUCGACUUGGAUCGACAAAGGCUAACGAUUAUUGGAUGGGCUGAUCCAGAAAAAAUUGUCAAAGCAAUUAAGAACAAGACAAGGAAGAAUGCCACCAUUAUUUGUUCCAAUGUUGAAAAAUCUUCAUCUAAAGCAACAAAACCAAAACCAAAAGAAAAUGCACCAGACCUAGAUGCAACAACACAGCCGAUUCCAAAGGAAGCUCCGCAAGCUCGCAGAACCAUCUUAACAGAACCAAUGCUUGAGGCAACAAGACCAACAUCACCAACACCUACAUGGUACAAUGCAAGACAACAAUGGCAGAUCAUUCCAGAAACUGAAGAUGUAGAACAGGUUCAUAUGACACACCAGCAUCAACCUACAUGGGACAGUGCAAGACAACAGAGGCCGAACAAUCCAAGAAAUGAAGAUGUUGAACAGGUUCAUAUGACACACCAUCAUCAACCUACAUGGCUUAACUAUGUCAACAGGUUCAGUUCUUGCAACAACUAUGUUGAACAGAGAGACAGACCAUGCGAUAACGAACCUGCAUUUCAACAAGAGCCAUCCCGAUUCCAACCAGUGAAUGUCACACAUAGUUAUAAUACAUACAUGCCAUCGUCUUAUGUUACUGAAUAUGAAUGUGUGAGAUCACCAUCAUGGCACACACAAUACAACUUUAUGGAACACUACAUUGGAGAUUACAGUAACAACCAUGUAGACAUAGCAGCCAUGUUCAGCGAUGACAAUCCAAAUGCAUGUAUAAUAGUCUAGUAUAGGGUGUUAGACGUAGAGAAGAGAGACACUACAUGAAAAGUAAAGGCUUAAUUUGCUUUCCAA